UGUGGGAGACCACUUAUAUAUAUACCUCCAUUCCCUUCUCUCAAACAGCAGGUGCAGAAAAAUCACCCAAAAUUCUCUGCAUCUGUUCAUCUCUUCGACAUCAAUCCAAACCCAGAUUCUCAAUUUCUCUGUUUGCCCUUUAAUCCAUUCUCUUUUCUUCGAAAAAGACGUAAGGAAAUUUUGAAAAAGGGUUCGGACAAAAUGCCUGUGUUGGAGGAUGAGUUGUUCCCGUCGACGCCGGGUAAGUUCAAGAUCGAGAGAACCCACACCAUAAACCGCCAAUUCCACAGAUGUUUCUCCUCCACGAGCACCAUGUUUUUAUGGGCUCUGUUCUUGAUCGCCCUGACGGCGUCGUAUUUGAGUUUUCAGAGCUUCGUCGACUCUGGCAGCAGGUUCUUCUCGGCCUCGUGGGGCGGAAUCCAAUGGGAGAAGACGGUCCUAAACUCCGCCCAGAUCCAUCGCUCCGGCGGCAUGUCCGUUCUCGUCACCGGCGCCGCCGGCUUCGUCGGCACCCACGUGUCCCUCGCCCUCAAGAAGCGCGGCGACGGGGUCGUCGGCCUCGACAACUUCAACACCUACUACGAUCCCUCCCUUAAGAAAGCCCGCAAGGCUUUGCUCAACGACCGCGGCGUCUUCAUCGUGGAGGGCGACGUGAACGACGCUCGCCUUCUGGCGAAGCUUUUCGAAAUCGUUUCGUUCACGCACGUGAUGCACCUGGCCGCGCAGGCAGGGGUAAGAUACGCCAUGGAGAACCCGCAUUCGUACGUGCACAGCAACAUCGCAGGCCUCGUGAACCUCCUCGAGAUCUGUAAAUCCGCUAAUCCUCAGCCGUCGAUCGUGUGGGCCUCCUCCAGCUCCGUGUACGGCCUCAACGACAAGGUCCCGUUCUCCGAGUCCGAUCGGACGGACCAGCCGGCGAGUCUGUACGCAGCGACGAAAAAGGCGGGCGAAGAAAUAACCCACGCCUACAAUCACAUUUACGGUCUAUCAAUCACCGGGCUCAGAUUUUUUACCGUGUACGGCCCCUGGGGAAGGCCCGACAUGGCCUACUUCUCGUUCACCCGGAACAUUCUACAGGGGAAGGCGAUCACCGUUUACCGCGGUAAAAACCGGGUGGAUCUGGCGAGGGACUUCACCUACAUUGACGAUAUCGUGAAGGGGUGUCUCGGAUCGCUGGAUAGCGCAGGGAAGAGCACGGGAAGCGGAGGAAAGAAACGGGGGCCGGCACCGUACAGAAUAUUCAAUUUGGGAAACACGUCGCCGGUGACGGUGCCGACGCUGGUGAGCAUUCUGGAGCGGCAUCUGAAGGUGAAGGCGAAGAAGAACAUUGUGGUUAUGCCUGGAAACGGCGACGUUCCGUUCACCCAUGCGAAUAUAAGUUCGGCCCGAAGAGCGUUCGGGUACAAACCCACAACCGAUUUGCAAACCGGGUUGAAGAAGUUCGUUAGAUGGUAUCUAUCGUAUUAUGGUUAUAAUCGCGGCAAGCCUGUAAAUUGAUUUGCUUUCCUUUUAUUUUAUUUUCCUUUUUAACUUUUAUUUUUUGAUUUUCUGGGAUUUUCUUGUUCCCUGGGAAGAGACAAGGAAUGGAAGAAAAUUCAAAAAGAAAAAAAAAAAGAGACAUUCUUUUCUUGGGGUAGCGGUUGAACGCGUAUCCUCAGUAGUUUUGUUGUUUCUCUUUGUUGGUGUAAAUGAAAAAGAAUUUGGGGUUUGUCUCCGUAAUUUAUUCA